GCAUGCACUUUUAGCAUCUGGAAGAAUUUAGACGCAGAAAAGGACAGUUCACUACUCAAACCUGUAAGCUUGGGGAAAAAAACUUUAAUGAGGUAACUACAUCUUCAGUCACCAACACUGACUACUGUUGGAUUCCUUUUUUUUCUUCUGUGAGCUGACAUCGCCAAUAUUAACAGCCAAGAUGAUCCAACAAACCUCAAUACAUCAAACUGAUGCCAACUAUUUAUAAUCAAUGUAUUGGAGGAAGCGAGAAACUUGAAUUUGUACAUUCGUUUAAUUGGAAAUGUGGAUAUUGCACACCUUUGCAAUUCAAAGCAAAGAGUUUUUGAUGAUCCAUGAGCGUACCCUCUAAUUUUUCCCCAAAAACUUUUAUGGAAAAGUUUGUACAGUUUGUGGUGCUGUGCGCAGAGCCUCGUUGGACAGCAUCCUUGUUUCAUUAAUGGGACAUCUCAACAUAGCUGCUCCAAGAUGAGAUGUGAUAAAGCAGUCACCUAUCUAAGGAUUGUUGGCACAACAUUGUUUGGCAUUUCGCUGCUUGUGGGAAUCUCUACUGCCUACAUCAUGGGGUACAAGCUCAUAACAACUGCGGGCAACUACUUGUCCUUUGGUCUUUAUGGGGCAAUUCUAGUUGUUCACCUCAUCAUCCAGAGUUUGUUUGCUCUGUUGGAACACAGAAACAUGAAACGUUCCCUGGAAACCCCUAUCAAACUCAACAAAUCACUGGCCCUUUGCAUCGCUGCCUAUCAAGAGGAUCCAAACUACCUGAAAAAGUGUUUAACAUCUGUGAAGAGGCUCACCUACCCUGGGAUAAAGGUCAUCAUGGUUAUCGAUGGCAAUAAUGAUGAAGACAACUACAUGAUGGAGAUUUUUCAGGACAUCCUGGGCCGGGAUAAGGCAGCCACAUAUGUGUGGAAAAGCAACUACCACCAUCGAGGGCCGGAGGAAAGCGAGGAAUCAUAUGCUGAGAGUCUGCAGCACGUUUCUCGCCUGGUACUCAAUAAUAAGUGUGUGUGCAUCAUGCAGAAGUGGGGCGGGAAGAGAGAGGUCAUGUACACUGCCUUCAAAGCCCUGGGAAGAAGUACUGACUACGUACAGGUAUGUGACUCAGACACCAUGUUGGAUCCGGCCUCCUCAGUGGAGAUGGUUAAGGUUCUAGAGGAAGAUCCCAUGGUCGGAGGAGUAGGUGGAGAUGUACAGAUUCUGAACAAAUAUGAAUCGUGGGUCUCCUUCCUCAGCAGUGUAAGGUACUGGAUGGCGUUCAACAUUGAAAGAGCUUGCCAGUCAUAUUUUGGGUGUGUUCAGUGUAUCAGCGGGCCCUUGGGGAUGUACAGGAACUCCCUGCUUCACGAGUUCUUAGAAGACUGGUACAAUCAGACAUUCAUGGGAAGCCACUGUAGUUUCGGCGAUGACCGCCAUCUGACCAACCGAGUUCUGAGCCUGGGAUAUGCCACAAAAUAUACCGCUCGCUCUAAGUGCUUGACUGAGACACCUAUCACUUACCUACGCUGGCUCAACCAGCAGACCCGCUGGAGUAAAUCGUAUUUUAGGGAGUGGCUUUACAACUCAUUGUGGUUCCACAAGCAUCACUUGUGGAUGACCUACGAAGCCGUCAUCACAGGCUUCUUCCCCUUUUUUCUCAUUGCCACUGCGAUCCAGCUCUUUUACCAGGGCAGGAUCUGGAAUAUUCUUCUGUUUCUGCUGAUCGUCCAGGUGGUGGCGCUCAUCAAGUCCUCCUUUGCCAGUUGCCUCCGUGGAAACAUUGUCAUGGUUUUCAUGUCCUUUUACUCAGUGUUAUACAUGUCAAGUCUGCUUCCGGCAAAGAUGUUUGCAAUAGCCACAAUCAACAAAUCUGGAUGGGGAACGUCUGGACGGAAGACCAUUGUGGUAAAUUUCAUUGGGUUUGUUCCAAUCUCAAUCUGGUUCACAAUCCUUUUUUUUGGCUUUAUUUAUACAAUAAUCCAAGAAACACGAAAACCCUUCCCAGAGUCUGAAAAAAUAGUUUUAAUCAUUGGAGCAAUUGCAUAUGCCAGCUAUUGGGUUGUGUUUUUGACUUUGUAUGUGGUUCUUAUAAUGAAGUGUGGCAAGAGGAAGAAAGGGCAACAGUAUGAUAUGGUUCUUGAUGUAUAGUAUUUAACCCAUUGCCCCUCCCCCUUUUCUACGUUUACAUUAUAAACAAUCUCAGUCUGCUUUCUAAAGUCGGGCUUUCCACAGGUGAAAGGAAGUAACACUUCAAGGAGACAUCUUUGCUGCUGCGACUGAUAUUAAGUAUAUUCCUUUGAAGUGAUAAAGGAAACGUUAGAAUAAAGUUCAAACGUUUGAUGUGAGCUUUGACACUUUUAGAAUGCUACCACCAAAUGACAACUUCUUUGCACUUUCACGUUCACUCUAAAUAUGCACAAUGCUUGAUAGAACUCAGAUACCUCAGUGGUUAUGUGCUAACCACUUUGUGCUAAGUGUAUUGUGUGAGUGACUGGGAUAGAGUCAGAUUUUUUUCCAAUUUUCCCAAGUAAUUUAUGAUUUUGACAUUCAGUUUGUUAUACAUAUAUACAGUAUAUACACACCGAUCAGCCACAACAUUAAAACCACCUGCCUAAUAUUGUGUAGCUCCCCCUCGUGCCGCCAAAACAGUGCCAACCCGCUAUUGCUGCUAUUCUUCUCACCACAAUUGCACAGAGCUGUUAUCUGAGUUCCCGUAGACUUUGUAAAUUCGAACCAGUCUGGCCAGUCUUUGUUGACCUCUCUCAUCAACAAGGUAUUUCCACCCACAGAACUGCCCCUUACUGGAUGCUUUUUGUUUUUGGCACCAUUCUGAGUAAACUCUAAAGACUGUUGUGCGUGAAAAUGCCAGGAGAUCAGCAGUUACAGAAAUACUCAAACCAGCUCAUCUGGCAGAAUGCUAUUCUGAGAUGCGGGUUGGCACUGUUUUGGCGGCACGAGGGGGAGCUACACAGUGUUAGGCAGGUGGUUUUAAUGUUGUGGCUGAUCGGUGUGUAUACAUGUGUAUAUAUAUUUAUACAUACAUAUAUACAGUAUAUUCUGUAUGUAUGCAUUUUUAGAUUUAAAUCUAAAACUGAACUUCUGAGAAUUUUUAUUGUGCUGUACUUUGUAUUUGCAUAAUGUAUUGUAUUGCCUUCAAUUUAGUUUAUCCACCAAAGAUACUCUAUUUUUCACUAAUUGUAAAGUAUGAGCAAAUGCAAAAUUUGUGCAUUUAACUGUUAGGACAAUGACUUUUCUAUCUGACCAAAAUGUGAAAUAAAGAAGCUGGAUUUGCCUCUGUGAUGACAACAGUAAAAGGCAAAUCUUGGGAUGAGAAGAGCAAUGAACCUGUGUUAUUAUAAGUGUUAGAUGGAGAGAAGACCUGUUUAUUUAUACAACACUAUGGUUUAUAGCUUUUCUACCUGGUUUAUGGUAAAAUGUUUUGUAAUUUGAAAUUAUAAUUUGCUGUUUCAGUUUAAUGUUUUGAAUUGUCCUGUCAAAUUACUGACAGUCCCACACAAACUAUGCAUGUGUCAUUGGAAUAUGAUAAAUAAGAGAUAAGAUUGCUAUGCAUAUUCUGUACAGAGCGAGUCCAAAGCAUCUGCACAAAACCGAGGCACAAAAUGCCUUUUGUGAUUGUUAUUAUUUCAUGCAAAUGUCAUCCAUCAAUGUCCAGUGCAUUUUUGCAAAACAGCUUUCCAGUAAUGCCAUCUUAAUUUCCAAUUUCCCAUUCCCAAGGGAUACCCUGCCUUCAUUUACCAGUGAAGCCGGUUUCAUUUCCCAGCAACUUUAAAGGGAUAGUUAACCAAAAAAAAAAAAAUUCCUUCAUCAUUUAUUGUUACAAACCUGUAUGUCUUUCUCUCUUCUAUGGAACACAAAAGGAGAUGGCAAGCAAAAUCACAGCCUCAGUCAUCAUUCACUUUCUUUGCAUCUUGUUCCAGUACAAUAAAAAUGAAUGGUGACUGAGGCGUUUUUGGCUAUCCCUUUAAUGUUUGCCAAAAGUACUGUAUAAGAAUAUUAUGUUUUGAAUCAUAUACCAAAGGGUCUUGCGACACAUGAUGAUGAGUAAUGUUACUUUGUGUUAAAAUUAACUAUGAAUAAUUGAUGAGGCAUUUUAAUUCAGAGGAAUAAAGAUUAAAAGUUUGGAUACUCAAAUUACUGCAAAACUAAGGCAGUAUUGUCAUGAAGCACUUUUGUCUUUGUGCCAAAUAAAAGAAAAUUAUACUUUGUCAUACA